UUGGCGAUCGUUCAUGGAUUCUAUUUCCGAAAAGCCAGCGGAAACUUUGGAUUGGAAUGCCGAUACGGAGGUGCAGUUAUUUCGCGCAAUGAAAGGACAUAAGCCAAUAGGCGUCAACAGGUACUUCCAAAUGGCUUGCAUCCACGAGAAGUUCAGCGCAUCUCUUAACAAGGAUAUCUCAUCACAAAUAAUAUGGGACCGCCUCGACACAUUGUAUGACAUGGCGGCUUUGCACGAGUCUGAGAUUCUCCCAUUUCCAAACCCCGAAAUUGAGUUUGUGCUUCCUGACAAUGAUUUUGGAGACCUUCUAUCCAAGCGUAAGGAAAAAAGUUCAGUUGACAAAGAAUCCAGCAAGAGAGCUUCAUCACCUGCUGCCAGGUCUGGGGCCAAGUCCACUUCAGGAACAACAUCACGUAAGGCUGAUGUGGGCACGCCAAAGCAGAGUGCACCCUCUACCAGCAAGUUUAAGCCAGAGCAUGCACAUGGCAAGGGUAAAAAUGACAGCACUGGACCAAGUCACAAGUCUGGCUGGCUGGAGUCACCAACAUCAAGUAAUACCAAAGCACAGAGAGCUGAUAUCAGCAAUUCAAACCAAGGUACACCAAGAAUUAAAGCCAAAUCAGACACAGAGCUGUCAAAGGCAUCAGAGACAAUGUCCGACAGUAAGCAUCAAGACGGGCUGCGCGACAAGCAAAAGCAGUCCUUCACAAAGGGUUCCAAAGAUGACAGCAAAGCAGAUUCAAAGAAUGGCAAGGCAGAUUUCAAGGCUGAAUCCAAGGGGGAAAGCAAGGAUAAUUCCAGAGGAGAUCGCGAAGGUGGAGGAGGAGCCAAAAGGGACAGCACUUUAGCUGGAACCAAACGGAGUGAACCCUCUAAAGCAAAAGAACUGCCUGGGCACAAAUCUGAAGGGAGAGGUAAAGCAGAUGACGACACCACUCCAGUCAAGGGGUCCAGCAGGCAGGCGAAAGAUGAACCACAGGAGACUGCACCCAAACGCAAACGCACCGCUCGACUCGAUACUCCCAAGACCAACAGCUCGCAAGUCACCAAGUUUAGACGAAGGUGUUCCUGUUGCGACGAAAGCUAAAGAAUGCUGUUUUCAUAGCCAUCAUGUGUGUCUUUGAGGCAUCGGCACCAGUGUAGCAAAUACAUGGGAAGUAAAGUUGAGACUUGAAUAAAGCUGGAGAACCAGUGUGUGCCAAUAAUUAAAGCAUGGUAUU